AUGAAAGCGGUCGUGUUCAAGGGACCUCACAAAGUGGUGAUUGAAGAUCGUCCGGUUCCUAAGAUCCAGGAAGAUGGAGAUAUCAUUGUCAAGGUGGAAUACACAGCUCUUUGCGGCAGUGAAUUGCACGUCUUCCGUGGCCACCAGGCUUCAGAGACCGACUUCAUCAUGGGCCACGAAUUCACCGGCAGAAUCACAGAAGUUGGCAAGUCCGUAACCACAUUCAAGAAGGGCGACUUGGUAGUCUCCCCCUUCACCACAUCCUGCGGCGAAUGCUUCUACUGCAAACACGGUUUCUCUUCCCGCUGCGAGAAAUCAUUGCUCUUCGGUUGCCCUAAACUGGAUGGCGGUCAAGCCGAAUACGUCCGCAUUCCCACCGCAGAAGGCACCAUUAUGAAAGCACCCGAAGGCGUCGAAGAACAAGCCCUCGUCCUCAUGGCCGACAUCUUCCCCACCGGCAUGUUCGCCGCCAAAAACGGAUUCAAGGAAUUGAGCAAAGAGGAAGCCGAGGAAAGUACCGUUGUGCUGCUCGGUCUGGGUCCCGUUGGUCUAUGUGCUCUGGUCAACAUUCUGGACUACAAGCCCAAGAAUCUUCUCGCCGUUGACAGUGUGGACAGCAGAUUGAAGCAAGCCAAAGACCUCGGAGCAGAGACUUGGAAUUUCAUGUCCGAUAGAGAGGGUUUGGAGAAGAGAGUCAAGGUACUUACUAAUGGCAGAGGUGCCGAUGUCGUUAUCGAAGUCGUGGGUCUGUCGCCUGCACUCAAACUCGGUUACGACCUUCUCAGACCUUGGGGUAUUAUUUCCAGUGUCGGUGUACACAAUGCAGAGAUCCCAUGGACGGGCAACCAGGCUUACAACAAGAACCUUCGUGUACAGAUGGGUCGUUGCCCCGUCCGUUCGAUCUUCGCAGAGGCACUGGAGAAGCUCAAGCAAAAGCAGCACUUGCUUGGAUUCAUGUUUGAGAAGGUCAUGCCGCUCUCAGAGGCUCUCGAAGGCUAUGAUCUCUUCGACAAGAUGAAGGUGCAGAAGGUUGUGUUUGAGCCUAGCAAGUAAGCAAGGGUAGUGGCCGGUGUUUGGGAGAUACUUCUUGGAUGAAUUGGAAGGCUCGAUAGCUUUGGCAAUUGGCUGCCUGUGUGUAUAGUUAGUUUUGGCGGAUCAUCAGCGAAGUGGCAGGGUGACAACUAAUCGUGUGUUCCAUUUGUUUUGUUAAAUUGUUAAAUUGUUAUUCGAGCCGAGCAAUAACAAGUACUGGCAGCAAAGAGCUCCUAUCGUUUUGAGCAGCAAGCAAAUUCCACCCAAUCCCUAAC